AUGUCAGCGGUUCAGCAUGGUGCAAAUGCCGGAAAUGUCGGAUGCAGGCGAUUUCGUACCCGAAACGAGAUGUGGGCAGCGCGCGCAGAGGCAGCACACCAGUGGCGGCAGUUUCAAGCUCAGCGGAAGUUCAACAAGUGUGCCAGCGCGGUCGCAUUGUACGAGCAGAAGAUGACGGACUACGAUGCCUGGCGUGAUCGGAUAAUGGAAGCACCAAGAACAGAGAUCGCAAGGCGGCGCGAUUGGCUAGCAGCUCAACAGGGGAGCUCGUUGGUCGAAGUCGACAAGUACCACAAAAGUCGAUUGGGGUAG